AACAACAGCAGCAACCAAAACCAGCAAAGCGAACAACUCGAGCGCAUACAAUUGCACCACCUGUAGAAUUUGUUCUUAAGAACGAACGAAAUCGACGGCGUCAAGGCGAAGAGGCCAAUCCAAAUGUGGAGUCGUUCACGAUAAAAAUGUCACUGCGCCAAUUUCUAAGAAAUAGUGUCAAUGAAAAGAAUCGUGUGGGUGGCACUCGAAACAAAGACACAUUGAGAGCAAAUCGGAAUGCACGCAAUGCUGUUCGCAAUAAAGAUAGUGAGAGGAAGCGCAAUUUGAUGAAAAUCAUUAAUGAUUUUGUUAUUCAGAUGUCCGAUUUGACACGAUUGUCAUUGUUGUACAUGCACAGCCAAUUAGGUAGACUGGUCGAUGGACAAAACGAUGCAGCCAUUCGAGACGAAUUUUUAAAGCCAUUUGAUGCACAUAAAUAUUUUUUUGCAUUGAAACAUUGCCAAAAUAUGGCUGCUUAUCCAUUGGAUGCGAAUUUUGAAAAUCAUCUAAGACGGCACAACAUUUCCGUGAGGCCAAAAAUUGAAAAUGCGUCAGUCCCGUUAAAGUACGCAGACCAGCUAUGUGCAACCAACAUGAAAAACAAUGUCAAUAUGCAUGGCCCAAGUCACAUCAGAAAAUAUUUUUUGCGUAAAAAUAUUGUGGAAGAGGAAGUCGAUGUGUUGAUGGAAUAUUUGAUUGAUGAGCGUUCGGAAAUCGAGUUGAAUGGUAAUAUUCGUGGACAUCUGGACGACUAUUACAACGAAUUGCGUCCAUUAUUACCACUGGACCGUAUCGAGCAGUACGAAAUUGAUCCAGAGGACGACGAUCAUGUCAUUCCACGUGGAUGGUUGAACACAAUGACAGACGAAAAGAUAUACUAUAAACACGUCUAUGAAUUGAUAAAUUUGCAGCGAUUUAUUCACCAACACAAUUUAAAUCCGGAAAAUGAAGUCAAAUGGAGAACAUUUCGUGCCAUUCCGCAACCAAAGAACAAGCGAAAACAUGUGCGAUUCGAUACGCAAGGUUUUGUUGAAAUCACAAACCUACUGCAUUCAUAUAGAAGUGCUGAAAUUGUGAAUAAAAAUCGCAUACCACAUUGGAGCGACGACGAUUACGAUACAUUUUGGGACAAAUAUGUCAAUUUAAAGAAAAUAAAUCGAGGGAAUCAAAUAUUCGCUAAUUCUUUUACCACCGAUGGUGUAACAGUAUGCGUUCGAAUGAUUCGUCGAAAACGUGAUCCACUUGUAUCGGGUGUACCGGACCAAACAAAGAGCAAAAGCAAAAGCAAAAGCAAAAGCAAAAUGGGCAAGAAAGGCCAAACGUAUAACAGAGCACCGCCACAAUGUCCAGCUGCUAUUCGAGCUGCAUUUGAUGCUGGCCAAAUAAAAAAGAUUAUCGGUGAUGAUCCGGGUGCCAAAGUGUCAAGAUCAACAACAAGCCGUGAUUUGGACACCACACUCGAAGAGAGCUACAAAGUUACGGCUAAAAAGUGGCACGGUAUGUCUGGUGCACGUAGGCGAAAGCAUAAAUUGCGCAAAUACACGGGCAAAUGGGAAAACGAAUGCCGAGAUAUUCGUGAAGUUUACCAUCGAUAUGGUGAGAUGCCAUCGUGCGCAAGCGCAUAUCACGAAAUUUAUUUGGAAUACCAGUUGAGUACGUUCAAAAAAUCAUGCGAAGUUAAAUAUCAACAGCGUGUGGCUCGAUUAGAUCUGGACAAGUAUAUCGGACGUCAAAAAGCCGCUCAUCAAGUUGCCCGUGAUUUAACUAAACUUGAAAAAGAAGUGCCAAAAGCACAACAGUCCAUAGUUUAUGCGCUUGGAAAUGCAAAAAUCGCAGCCAAUUCCCCGAUCAAAGGACAUUGUAGAACACCACAAGCAUUCAUAACACAUACCAUUGAUCGAUAUGCGCACAUAAUGGAAAUCGAUGAACGUGGCACAUCGAUGCUCUGUAGUCGAUGUCAAAAAAUCACAGAUCGACCAAAAGACCGACAAGAGAAUCCGGAGAAUGUGAACAAAAAGGAUCGUUUCUUAGUUUGCAACAACUGCGAACCGGCCCGCAAUCAUGUUCUCCCGGCACCAAAUGAGUGGAUAGGCAAAAUUCAUCAUACAUUCCGACAAAAACAUCGCCCCGAUUUGGAACCGGAUCUCAAGCAUUAUGGACAUUCUAUCGCGAAUCAACAAUACAAUGGACGCGAACAAACUAUUGUUUUGGACCGUGACCUGAAUGCAUCACGCAAUAUGAUAUACAAAGGACUAUGUAUGUUGCAAAAUAUUCCAAUCAAUCCGGAUUUCAAUCGGAGAGCAGCCGAUCUACGACAAGAAGCCGUGAAUAUCAACCAUGGGCGUCUCCCACGGGAGUAGUGACCAUGGCAGUGUCUCAAGACACAAGUUCUAUUCUAUAGUGAGUUUUAUUUUCUUCCACAGAAUAGCGCGUUAAACUCAACUACUACUACUACUACUACUACCAAAUCUCAA